AGCAGCAUCAGCUGUUAGCUCUGCUUUAAGCCUUUUCGCAGCCGAUCGCUUCCUGCACAAAGGAAAUAUAUGAGAUCCCCUCUAAUCCCUGAAAUGGCGACACAGGAGGUACAGCUGAACGAGACUCUGACCCAUCUCAAAACGGAGUCGGAGACGCUGAAGACGAAGCUGGAGGAGGAAAGGGCGAAGCUGCACGAUGUCGAGCUACAUCAGGUGGCGGAGAAAGUGGAGGGGUUGGGUCAGUUUGUCAUGAAGACCCGGAGGACCCUGAAGGGACAUGGCAACAAAGUUCUGUGUAUGGACUGGUGUAAGGACAAGAGGAGGAUCGUCAGCUCCUCUCAGGAUGGAAAAGUGAUCGUAUGGGACGCUUUCACGACCAACAAGGAGCAUGCUGUGACAAUGCCGUGCACCUGGGUGAUGGCCUGCGCCUACGCCCCCUCCGGCUGUGCUGUAGCUUGUGGGGGCCUGGACAACAAAUGCUCAGUGUAUCCGCUCUCACUGGACAAGAAUGAGAAUCUGGCAGCCAAGAAGAAGUCAGUGGCCAUGCACACAAACUACCUGUCUGCAUGUAGCUUCACCAACUCAGAUAUGCAGAUCCUGACAUCCAGUGGGGACGGGACAUGCGCAUUAUGGGAUGUUGAGAGCGGGCAGCUGUUGCAGAGUUUCCAUGGACAUGCAGCAGAUGUGCUCUGUCUGGACCUGGCCCCCUCUGAGACUGGGAACACGUUUGUUUCAGGGGGAUGUGAUAAGAAGGCCAACGUGUGGGACAUGCGUUCAGGACAGUGUAUUCAGUCCUUUGAAACCCAUGAAUCAGACAUCAACAGUGUGCGAUACUACCCCAGUGGAGAUGCAUUUGCGUCCGGCUCAGAUGAUGCUACAUGCCGCCUGUAUGACUUGCGGGCAGACAGAGAAGUGGCCAUUUAUUCCAAAGAGAGCAUCAUAUUUGGAGUCUCUAGUGUUGAUUUCUCUCUUAGUGGACGGCUACUGUUUGGCGGCUACAACGACUACACCAUAAAUGUUUGGGAUGUUCUCAAAGGAACACGAGUCUCUAUUCUGUUUGGACAUGAGAACCGCGUCAGCACGCUGCGUGUCUCUCCAGAUGGGACAGCCUUCAGCACAGGCUCCUGGGAUCACACUCUGCGAAUCUGGGCUUAAGAAAGAAGACACAGAAGACUUAAUGGUAGACAGACCUACUGCAGACACACUGAUGUUUCUGUUUGCUAGAGUACAAUCACAGAGAUAGAGACUCAGACUUUGGUUGUACAUAGAGCAUAUCUAUAGCAUUGUAAAUACUCCAGUCUCAUGGCCAAGGUAGGUUUACAUAUUUCAGAGAGCAACUAAACCAACUGGCACGCUUGUAUAACGGUAUGUUUGAAAGGAAAUUGCACAGAAAUAGUUAUGGUUACAAUUUAAGAUGUAAAAUCUAUAUUGCAGAAAAUAAAAUUGGUAGUGAUUCGCAUCAGUCUAGGAUAGAAGUGACACAAUAAAUUGAUGUAUUGUAUGUGCCCACAUAAAGGACAUUACUUGUUUUUGUUUUUUUUGCACAAAAAAAUGAGAGGCAUGAAGUUUGUGAAAGGCAAUGGAAUACAAGUUACAUCUAUAAAAGAAACGGUUAUACAAGGGACUCAGCUUUAGUAAGAUUGGCUGUUAGAAAGGAAUUCAUGUUAGACCAAGGCCGUCUAAAAAUAAUAUAAGAUAGGAAGAAGCUUUAAAUGUUAUGAAAAGUACAAAGUCUGUAGUUAAUGAAAGAUGUCAACAGAUGUGUUUAGUUUCAUAGCCUGUACACCCCAAAAAGACUUCUGUAUCUUAAAGGCAACUAACCUGCCAAUAUUAUUCAAAUAUUAAGAGAGCACAGUCAUAGGUAAAAUUUUUCUUAUAUAUGGUAUUGAUUUUCCAUCCCUAUGAUUUAGAAAUAUGGUUUUACUUCUUGUUUCCAGCCGUGGAGGCCUAUUACUGCUCAAUGUUCACAUUCAGUCACUGCAGACACCCUGAACCUGUGGUCCCCCACUAGAUAUAUAAAUGCUAACAUAUAAAACAUGUUAAAAAUCUUAGAAUGUACUCCUUUUCAUGCAGUUGUCCAAUGGCUGUCAUUUCAUAUUUACUGUAAUUAUUUUAUUGUAGUUUAGUGUACAGUAAUACAAGGGACUGUUUAUCAAAGUAUUACAAACAUAAUAAACUGAGUUUUGAAUAUC